GCAGCAUGCUGUCUGCUUAAUCCGUAACACAACUUCUGCCCUCCUCACCGACAGGUUUCCUUGAGCAUUAGACCUCGUACUUUGUCUCGCUCUUGGAUUUAGCCACCUGUACUUGCAUGCCGGGGGCUCCCGCGUUGGCUUUGCUGAGCUCGACAGCUGAGCUUGAAAAGAAACUACGACAGCUUCUGAAGGUCAAAGGAUCAGGGCCUUUCCAGGAAGAUGUGCAGACAGUGCGCAGCAGGCUAAGGGGGGAAUUGCAGGAUGUCAUUUUGCUUGACUAUGACCUGGCUGCUACCAACGAUGCCGAAGCAAACCUUUGGAAGCUAGUGCAUUACAAAACUAUUGAAGAGUUUCGCAAGAAGCUUAAGGAGGCUACAUCCCGUGCACGGCGGGCAGGGCGCUCCAUUUCCGCGGAAGACCGUAAAGAGCUGCGUGUACUUACGUCUUCUUUCCGGAACUUCCUCGCUGAUGCGACGGCUUUCUAUCUCCGCUUCAUAUGGCGGUUAACCCAUCACUUCAGUUUGCACACCGUGGAGCUGAUUGUGUUGAAGAAACUAGAUUUUGACCUUCCGGGAGAAAACCCCGAUGCUCUUCCACACAGUCAAAUAACCCCUGAGCUUCAGCAAAGGGCGAUUGCUACUUGCCAUCGCAGCCUUAUAUAUCUCGGUGAUCUUGCGCGGUAUCGCGAAAUUCAUGCGGAUCGAAAGGAGAAGAACUGGUUGCCCGCCAAAAUGUUUUACAAUAUCGCAAUUCGCUUGAUUCCCAGCAAUGGCAAUCCUUUUAAUCAACUUGCUGUGAUUAACACAUAUGCUGGAAAUGUGCUUGGUGCUGUUGAAUGUUAUUUUCGCAGCUUGGUUAUUCAGCAACCGUUUUCGACAGCGCAAGAUAAUCUCACGAUACUAUUCGAGAAGGUGCAAAAGAGAACCCUGACAGAGCAACGCGAGGUUUCUGAUCCGAACGACCACGACUCUUUUGCUGAAGAGUUCAUAGCCUUACACGGAGAGGUCAUGGGAGUGAAUAAAAGUUUGGAUGGUCUUCGACUCCGAGAACAAGCGUGGUUGAGCCACUUUCAUCGCCUACUGAUGGAUACUUCAUUCAAUCGCGAGACGCUUAUGAGGCUCUUUGUUGUCAACAUGGCGGUUGGGCACAUACUCCGCAGCCGCAUGCAGGCUGAUAUAACUGAAUCGCUUUCUCCAGCGUCGGUAGCGGCGACCAGAAGUUUACAAGCACAAAAGCUGGACGAGAUAAUUGUUUUUACUAUCGACAUGUUUCGAAUGCUGCUCGAAACAACCCUGGAGCAUUUGCAACCCUGCGAGCGCAACAGUAGUAGUGGACGAUCCUUGGGAGCUGAGAAUUCAGAAUUUGAUGGAGCGCUUGCAGUAAUCAAGAUUGUGUCGAGAUGGUUGAAGAACCAAUGGAUGAGAUUCGCCACGCUGUUGGCUGAAAAAAAAGACCUCUGGACUGUUUACGCGGCGUUUUUGACCGCGGUUUCUAGGAUGGUUGAAAAAGAUGCACUUCUUGAACAAGACCAGCUUCCCUUUUUAAGGGAAGAUGAGGAUCUCGAAGGGUUCCUUCCACUCCAACCCGAUGUUAUUCCUUCAAAUAGGGCCACGUAUCCCGUGCAUUCGUUUGGAGAUCAUUUGGAACAGAGGAGACGUAGCUUAUCUGCAGAGGCUGAGACGCGUGCUCGUUUGAUUUCCAUACUCCGGACUAGUCUCUUUUUCACGGAUGUAGAGCAAGCUCCUCUUUUUCUGAGGACGGAGACACAGAAUUCUGAAGAGACGUGGGUGUUCUCCGCGUCCUUUCCUGGUCGUACAGCAUCAUCUUGGACCACUUCUAGCGGUGCUAGCGGUUCGCUUUCUUCGUCGAAAUCGAUAGGAUCAGCGACCGGGUUGCAACAUCCGGAGAUAUCGGACGAUGAUGAGGACAUUUUGAUGUUUACACCACAUCAGAUACGCGAGGCCAUUUCAUCCUUCCCGGAACAGGUCAUGGAAACUCCCCAUGGACUUCCAGAUUUCUUUCCUUCGGGCCCAAUGGACCCAUUGGGCGAGGCAGCAAGUAUUCUUGUGCCGAUCUCAAAGGGUACUGGGCAAGAACUUGCUCAAGGGAACACCCUCCAUGGAUACAAGCGUCCAUUGCAAGAGCUCAACUACUCGAAACCUAUGGCAGUCCCGGGCGAGAGAGGAAAAACUGCCUUUGCGUCUGCUUCGCCUGAUUCCAAUGGAGUAUUUGGAACAAGUGCGGACGCAGUCAACACCAUGGCCUUUUUAGGCCUGGGAAGCCCAUUGUGGAAUAAAAGUAGACCCUCGCCAGACGCUACGGUGCAUGAGGCGGCACGAGAAGCAGAUUCAGGGGCGCCUGCAUUUGUGCCGUGGAGCUCGUCAUUGAGUACUGCUAGUACAGGCGGUUCCGCAGUACCGCGUCCAGCGUCAUCUGCUUUGUCGAGUGGUCCACACAUCAGUCUGACCUCCACAAAUCCACUCUCUGCUCUACCCGCACUUGGAAUGGGUACUUCAAGGCUGCCCAACACGACCGCAAUGCCGAAUUCGCCAUUUGGCCUGGAUCCAUCUCCCAGUAGUUUAUCUUCGCAGUGGAAUGGAGAGUAUAAUUUCCCAUUUGGCGGACCGAUGGGGGCGUCAAAACCGUCUCCCCAAGGUACAGCCAAUAUAGGUCAACCGCUGCCACCGCUGGGAGAUUCUAUGCUGAGUUGGCUGGGCUCAGUCACUGAUGCAUUUGCCACGCCUCCUAUGCAAGGAGUUAAUACAAGCUGGUUGCAUACGUCGCCCUUUGACGCAUCAAUCUCCCCAGUGUCACACACCCGUGAGAAUCGGCAACUGGCGCUCGGCCUCUUUGCGUCAACAUCGAGCCAUGGAAAGGGAAAGGAGGAAACCGCAUAGCGGUAACUGGAUCGUAUGAGUAUCGUGAAAUUUAUCGACGUUCCUCCUCAGCAACGUAAGCCAUAACGCUGUGCGAGCAUCCCAUUCGCAACCGGAAGUUCUGCCGUUAAGAUGUGCUUUGCAAACUUCGUGUCCUCCGCUUGUAUGGACGCGAUAUCUAGUUCGACUGGUAUGUCAAAGAUAGCAUUUGCUUCGAUCGUCUCCCAUACUUCACGGCGACGUCCUCGAUGGAAUUCUCCAUGGAUCGUUGGCAAGGGCUCCACGCCCCUGUAGUUGAAUGCUGAGGGAAGAUCAGGGGUCCUUUCCAUACGACAGGGCCGUCUUGCGGAUGGUCGCCUUUUGCAUUAUCCUGUGGAAUGAAACCCCGUAUAUUGCUAGCAUUUCAGUGUCUCAAUAGACAAGAUUACGUUGACCUUCUAUUUGUUCUAGUGUAUUGACAUGAUUAAACUGCGUGCCCUGCUCAGCAUUACUAGCCGUCUCCAUCUAUCCACACAUCCCAUCUGUCUGCGUCAUCUAGCCGUCCUGGUUACAAAUGUUGAUGCUCCUCUCAAUGUUCGCGUGUACGCUUGC